AUGCCGGUGCCUCGAUGGGAGUCACUGGUCCCAAGUUUGGUGCAGCUACAGGCACCCAAGGUACUUCUGCUGACUUGGACCCAGAAUGUCGACCUGCGGAUGCAGGUGGAGAUGUUCGAGCUUUUCUGUGGCGAUGCGAGGGUGAGCCAGGUUGGCGAUGGCCUGUGUCCUACGACAAAGCCCCAAUGCUAUGAACUUAUUGGCCCCGGCUUGUGCCAGCUGGACCCAGAUAUGCCGUGGAACGUCAUUGCGGAUCCACCCUGCCAUGAGAAGUGGGGAGCACAGCAUAGGUCCUACAGCAAGGCCUUCGGCAGGAAAAUCUAUGAGCUGUGGCGGGAGGAGUGCAAAGCCGAGCAGCCUCGGCUUUGCAUGCGGCAAAAGGUUCACAUCGAUCCGGGAAUGACGGACAAGGGCUUGUUCGAAUCGCUUCCUCUCGGAGAUUCAUGGCCCGAUGCGGAAAUGAUUGAGGUCUGGGCUUACUUGUAUAAGAACAAGAAGCUCAUGAUACCGAGUUCAUGGCAAAGCACAAUGGAUGCUUUCAAUUCAGAGCUGCUGGAUUCG